GUGUUCAUAAAAUGGGGUUUGAUUUACAAUUUAUCAAUAACCAAAAUAAUCCUCAGAAAGUUUCAUAAUGCGUUUGGGGAUUGUCGUAAUUUCGGCUUUUGGCCUUUUUUUAUUGGACCGAUCCCAACAAAGUGAGGCAGUUGUGUUUAAGUUCACAAACUUUCAAUGUGAAAGCUACAAUCGAUCUUGGUUCGUGUUCCACGAAUGUCGCCUGAAAGCCAUAAGUCGCAACAAAGUUAUUUUGAACAUGAACGGAACCAUUCUCUAUCCUGUCAAUAAUAUCCUCGCCCAAUUCAAAUUGUAUAAAAGGGAUAAUGGAUACAAGCCUUGGCUUAUAAACAUCCUAAUCGAUAUUUGCAAAUUUGUUAAACAAAACUACAAUCCUUUCGCAAAAAUGAUUUUCAGUUUAUACAAGGAUUUUUCAAACUUUAAUCACACUUGUCCAUAUGUGGGAAGUCAGAUAAUUCAGGGUUUAUAUUUGAGACCUGAAAAAUUAAUUUAUCCUCUGCCAAACGGUGACUAUAUGUUGACUAUAAGAUGGCACUUCGAUCGCAAGCCACAAGUUGAAACAAAUAUAAGUUUCACCUUCGCCGAGGAUCUUUCCAAAACAAAUAUCAAAUUUAAAUGAAAUAAUAAGAAUCUAUUAUGAUCCAUUUUUCCUUU